CUGCUAAUACAACCCUGUCCUCGCCUCUUCUUCUUCCUCCCCCAGCUUCUCCUCUGUUCUCCUACUCUUCUGCCUCUCACAAAGAUCAAUGGGGAUCCGUUCCCCCACUGGCCUCCUCUGUCUCAUGUUACUCAUCCAGCUUGGUCUUGGACUUGGAGAGGCUGCUACAGUCUCGAACGGCACCACUGACGGCAAGGAGCGUUGGGGAUACGUAGAAAUUCGUCCGAAGGCGAACCUCUUCUGGUGGUUCUACCAGAGCUCGCAGCGGGUGUCGACGCCAGAACAUCCAUGGCCAACCAUCUUGUGGCUGCAAGGUGGCCCGGGAGAAUCGGGCAUCGGGAGCGGCAACUUCCAAGGGAUCGGACCACUUGAUGUAGACCUCAAGCCACGCAACCCGACGUGGCUGCAGAAAGCUGACCUCAUAUUUGUGGACAACCCGGUGGGCGUUGGGUACAGCUACGUGGAGGACGAGAGUGCGUUAGUAAAGACCGACUUGGAGGCGGCCGCGGACUUGACAGAGCUUCUCAAGGCGCUUGUCAAGGAGCUACCGACCUUGCAGAGCAGCCCUCUGUUCCUCGUCGGCGAAUCCUACGGCGGCAAGCUCGCCGCCGUGACUGGUGUCUCCGUGGCAAGAGCCAUCCAUGCUGGCACCCUCAAGAUCACGCUUGGAGGUGUGGUGCUCGGUGAUAGCUGGAUCUCGCCGGACGACCACGCGCUAUCCUACCCUUGGCUUCUCAAGGACGUUUCGAGGCUUGAUGACAAUGCCGUCAGCAAGGCCAUCAUGAUGGCGGUGACGGUGAAGCAGCAAAUGGUGUACGGGCAGUUUGCAGCCGCCUAUAAGACGUGGGUCGAUCUGCUCGAUUUGAUUGACGCCAAGAGCGGCAACAUCAAUAUGGAGAACUUCAUGGUUGACAACACAGUGAGCUCUGCAGUCUUAUCAUACUUAGUGACAAGACCAUUGUCGGCGGCGGCUACGGAUGGCCCCAAUACGAUCAGUGGCAUCUUGAACGGGGUCAUCGAGCAAAAGCUCAGGAUCAUCCCCAACAACAUCACGUGGCAAGCUGUGUCUCUGCAGGUCUUUGACGCUUUGACCAAUGACUUCAUGAAGCCAGCGAUCAACGAGGUUGAUGAGUUGCUGUCAUAUGGUGUCAACGUGACAGUGUACCAGGUCCAGCUUGAUGUGAUCUGCUCAACGCUUGGCACAGAAGCAUGGGUGAAGAGGCUCAAAUGGGAGGGUCUGCAUAACUUCUUGAGCCUGCCAAGGAAGCCUUUGCAUUACUGUCAUCCUUACUAUCUCACCAAUGGCUUCGUCCGAUCAUACAAGAAUCUGCACUUCUAUUGGAUCCUCGGAGCUGGACACUCGGUUCCUGUGGACAAGCCUUGCACUGCGCUGUACAUGAUCGGCAGCAUAGUGCAGUCUCCAGCAAGUUAGGAUGGUUAGGCAGAUUGGAAUGAACUCAUAUAUAUAUUCUGGUGCAGCACCAACAAGCUUGUAAUUAUUACAGUAGUGUCGGCGUCUAGACUCGUGGUCUAGGCACUAACGAGUAUAAGUCUGCGUGACUACCCAAGCUUG